UCCUUAUGUAGAGGAAAAACAAGAGAAAAGAGGGAAUCUCAGAAGAAUAACCAUAUAAAGUCAUUCAUUUCGGACUCAGUGGGGCGGCCGAGAGAGAGAGAGCGCAGAGAGAUGGAGAACGAGAGAGAACAGCAGGUUUACUUGGCGAGACUUGCGGAGCAAGCCGAGAGAUACGAUGAAAUGGUUGAAGCAAUGAAAAAAGUAGCUAGGUUGGAUGUGGAACUGACUGUGGAGGAGAGGAAUUUAGUGUCGGUUGGAUAUAAGAAUGUGAUUGGAGCUCGAAGGGCGUCAUGGAGAAUUUUGUCCUCAAUUGAACAAAAGGAGGAGGGCAAGGGACACGAACAGAAUGUGAAGAGAAUCAAGAGUUACAGACAGAGGGUCGAAGAUGAGCUCACAAAGAUAUGCAUGGACAUUUUGGCAGUCAUUGAUGAGAACCUCCUUCCAUCUUCGACAACUGGAGAAUCGUCUGUUUUCUAUUAUAAAAUGAAAGGAGAUUAUUAUCGAUAUUUAGCCGAGUUCAAAACAGGGGAUGACCGCAAAGAAGCUGCAGAUCAAUCUCUCAAGGCGUACGAGGCUGCCACAAGUGCUGCUUCCACCGACCUCCCUCCAACGCAUCCUAUACGGCUUGGCCUGGCCCUGAACUUCUCUGUUUUCUACUACGAAAUCCUGAAUUCUCCAGAGAGGGCCUGCCACCUUGCAAAACAAGCAUUUGACGAGGCAAUUGCCGAACUGGACAGCCUGAAUGAAGAGUCCUACAAAGACAGCACUCUCAUUAUGCAGCUUCUCAGGGACAACCUUACUCUAUGGACGUCUGAUCUUCCAGAAGAGGGAGGUGAGCAAUCCAAGGGAGACGAGCCGCAAGGAGAGAGCUAGCUAGCUUUAGCUUCAACACCGAACCUUUGGCGCCGGCGUCCCCUGUUGUUUAUUUGAAUUAAUUGCAUGGAUCAGAACAUCAUUUGCCUGUAUCAUCUUAUUGCCAAUUUGGUAAAUUUGCUGAAUUCUAUUUGUUUUCUUCGAUGACAAAAAUGAAUCGAUCAUGCUCA